AUGGAUUUCAUUACGCACUUACCUAACUCUUUUGGCCAGACCGUCAUCUGGGUCAUUUGCGACCGUUUAACCAAGUUUAUGCAUUUUCUUGCUCUACCCUCGCACUUCACAGCGACGGAUCUGGCUCACCGGUUCACAGUCGAGAUUUUUCGCCUCCAUGGUUGCCCAAGAUCAAUUGUCUCCGACAGGGACCCUCUCUUCUUGAGUAAGUUCUGGAAGGAAUUUUUUCGUUCGCAUGGCACCACCCUGAAAUACAGCACAUCAUAUCAUCCACAGACCAACGGGCAAACGGAAGUUGUAAAUCGCUCAGUCGAAACAUACUUACGCUAUUUAGCAGGAGACCACCCUCGUUCAUGGCAUAAAUUUCUACACCUGGCGGAAUACUGGUACAACACUACUUUCCAUUCUGCAAUUCAGAUGACUCCUUUUCGUGCUCUCUACGGUCGCGACCCACCACAUCUGUUGGAUUAUUUCUCUGAUUCGGUGUCUGAAAAGCCCCUGGAAGUGGCUCUACAACAACAAGAGAUACUUCAAGAGUUAAAGAUGCAUUUACAAAAGAGCAGAAUCUCAAUGGAAAAACAAGCGAAUCUAACUCGCAGAGACGUUACCUUCCAAGCAGGAUACUGGCUUGAUCUGCCAUCGUCUUCACGCAUUCAUCCGAUUGUGCAUGUCGCCUUGUUGAAGCCUUACUAUGGAGACCACCCAGCUUCGGAUUUGCAACCUCUACCCUUGCCGGAUCUGGUGUUGUUUGAGGACGACAUCAUCAGAGACACAGAACUGCACAACAGAAACAAAGCAACCAUGGUUAAUGCUUCUUUCAAAGACAAACAAGAGAUUAAUGCUGGACAUGGAAAAACACUCAUACCUCAGGUGGAAGAUUCGCAGAGAUGGGGUUUCAAAGAUCGGGACGUUGUAAACAAGGAAGAUGUUUUGAGGGUUGAGAGAGAAGUACCAAAGACUUCUGUUUUUGAGAAAGAAAGAGGAACGAAAUCUGUGAGAGAUUCGGUGGCCAACUCUUUUCAGAAUACUUAUUAUUUGUCUCUAAACGGUCACAUGUCCAUAAAGUCUCCAUACGGGUUCCAAAGUACAGCUGUGGGUACACUAAACCCCACUUGUCCCACUGCCCAAGAGAUAACACAAUCCACCACCAACCAAUCAGCUUCCACAGUUCGGAUUCCCUCCUAUCCCCAACCGUUACCUUUAUCACAUCUCCCAAUGGACCGCGUGGCCAAUUCCCCUUCACAAAUGCCAACAUCUGCAUUGGGCCCUCAUCUACCUUUGAACCUUGAGGACAAAGUUCCUUUUGGGUAUGGGAGUAGUGAUAUGAUGAAGCAAAGGCCCAAUAGAUUAAAGAAAAGAUCCAGCAAACUUAAAGACUUCAUUGAAUAUUAG